UGGGAGUUGAAGAGAGGCCAGCAGAGAGGACGGGAGGAACGGAGAGAGGUCCAGCUGUUCUCGUGAAUCACUAGGGAAAACACACACACACACACACACACACACACAGAGAGAGAGAGAGAGAGAGAGAGAGAGAGAGAGAGAGGAGGUGGUUGGGACUUGGCGCGGGUGAUGUCGAUCGGGAGUGCUACAGUGCUUUGCAGGGGUGCCGCGUUGGCGGCUUCUGCCACGUGUCGCGCUCCUGAGGCACUCGAUCUGGUGCCCCGCUCUUAUUGCGCACGGCACUACGCCCUUCCCCCUCCUUUCUCUCCUACUCCCCCUCCUCCUCCUUACUCUGCUUUGGCGCCAGCAUUAUCCGUUACUUCGCCUUGUUAUCCGCAUCCUAAUCAUUUAAGGAGAUAUUGUAGGCAUUCAAGUUGGCGCUCAUUCCGGGAGCAAAAUGAACAUGUUUACGGUGUUUGCGGCCCUGGUAGGAGGGGUGGGUGGUGGAGAUCUGGGAGAAGGAAACACGUGGCAUCUGCCUCGUGCUGGGGCUCCUUGAGUGGGGAUUUAUCUGCCGCUUGGAAUGGUUUGCAGACUGCCACGUGUCUCUCGCGGGGCACGAGGAAUGCUGGCCUGAGAAGGUUAGUUGAUGGGGACCACGUGUCUCUCGCUUUCGUCCGCGUGUCUUCGACAUGUAAGGCCAGCUCCGCCAGCCUGCGCAUUUCCCCCACCUCAAGGGCCGGGAUCAGCAACGGUAAUCGCCGCUGCUACAGCUGCUGGUCGAUUACCGAGCCUCUUACUGGUUCCUGGAGCUUCGCGCGAGCAGCAGCGGAGGCGCAGCGCGCGCCGAGCGCGCGCGCGGCGGAUGCGGCGCAGAGCGUCAGCGCUGUGGCAGGCAACGUCACUACCACGUCAUCAUCGCUGACGUGGAGCCACCUAGGAUCGCCAGCGUGUGGCAAUCAAAGUCUGAACCGACGAAGCAGAAGAUUAGGAACAGGAGGAAGGGGAGGAGUAGGUAGGGGAGGUGUUGGAGGGGGAGGGAGAGGAGGAGGAGGAGGAGGAGGAGGAGGGGGAGGGGGGAGGUGGUAUGUCACAAAGCCGACAGUUCACGGACACGUUGUUGCCAAAGGAAAUGCUGGCGCUCGCUUCAGGAGCCGCGACUGGAAGAGCUCGAUAGGACCAGGUGCUGAGUCACGGACUACCGUCUGGACCAGGGGGUCCGUUGCUGGUCCUCGCUCCAUUGCAUAUCUGUUGACGUCAACCGAUUUGCAUGCCGGAGGACUCUGGAGCGGCAGUCGGUCUACGGCAAGCAAGGUUGGAGAAUUGCGCGUUGCUGCCUCCUGCUGCUGCUGGGGAGCGCGAAUAGGGGAGGAGAGAGGGGGGGGGAGAGAGGGAGAGAUCAAGAGGAGGGAGGGAGAAGGAGGAGGAGGGAGGAGGUGGGGGAGGGGAACGCGAGGCCGGAUUGAGUGUUUCGGAUGUGUGGGUGUUCUCCUGAGAGGCAGUCGAGAUCGAAGAGGAUCCGUCGCCGCCAUGUCGAGAGGUUGUGAUAGUGAUGCGACGGAGGAAGGAGGUGCCACGUGGCGGAGGAGGAGGAGGUGCCACGUGGCGGUCAUCGGUGCGGGCGCAGCUGGCCUGGUCGCGGCCAGGGAGCUGCUGAGAGAAGGCCACGUGGUCAGUCUCUUCGAGCUACAAGGACAUGUCGGUGGAGUUUGGGUGUAUGAGGAUUCGGUGGAGGAUGACCCACUAAGUGUGAGAGAGGAUCGCCAUCGCGUCCAUUCAAGCAUGUAUGCUCAUCUCAGAACGAAUCUUCCGAGAGAGUUGAUGAGUUUUAAAGACUUCGCGUUUUUGCCCAAGCCCGGGCGUGACGCUCGUCGGUUCUGUGGACACGUGGCAGUUGCACAGUACUUGAAAGAUUUCGCUGAUGAGCAUUGCCUCUGGGACGUCAUCCAUCUCAAUACGGAGGUUGUGCGUGUUGAACCAGUUUUGGAUAAGAUUCCUUAUCCGGAUAAGGAGAAUUUGGAUAAGAUUCCGGAUAAGGAGGAUUUGGAUAAGAUUUCUUUGGAUAAGGUUUCUUUGGAUAAGGUUUCUUUGGAUAAGGAAAAAUUGGAUAAGAUUGCUUCGCCGUGGGUGAAAUGGAGGGUAACGACUCGGAGGCGGAGGAGGAGGAGGAGGAGUACGAGAGGGGAGGCGAAGAACAAGGGUUCUAACGAGGAGAAGAGGGAGCAGAGGGAGGGGGAGGAGGGGGAGGAGGGGGAGAGGGGGGAGGGGGGUGGCACACAGGUGAGUCCGAUGGGAACCACAGUUCCUGGUCCAGGUCCAGGUCCUGUUCCCGUUCCUCUUCCCAUUCCCAGUCCGGUUCCAGGUCCUGGUCCAGUUCCAGUACCGGCUCCAAUUCCAGCUCCGGCUCCAGUUCCAAUUCCAGGUAUAGUUCCACAGCCAGAUCCGGAUGUUGUUCCGGGUCCCGAGCCUGUUCCUGGUCCACCUCCACGUCCAGGUCCCGAGCCAGGUAGACUUCCCGUCUCCGAUCCAGAUCGCGUUACCGCAGCUCUGGACGCCGGUACUGUUGCCGUUCCCCCCGUACCCGAUACAAUCCCGACACCGCCCGUUCCAGAUCCCGUUCCUUCUCCCCCACCUCCAGGUCCAGUCCCAGAUCCAGGUGCCGUUCCUGCUCCUGGUCCCGAUCCUGGAUUAUAUAACGAUGAUAAUAAUUAUGAUGAUGAGGAUGAGGAUGAUGAGCAGGUUGUGACGACCACAGAGACGUUCGACGCUGUCGUCGUUUGUAAUGGGCACUAUUCUGAGCCCAAGGUCGUGGCGAUUCCUGUGGUUGACACGUGGCCCGGCCUCCAGAUGCACAGUCAUAAUUACCGCAAACCGGAUAUAUUUGUGGAUAAGGUUGUGGUCCUGAUCGGCGCGCAAUCUAGCGGGCAGGAUAUCGCUAUAGAGAUUGCAUCGACGGCGAGGGAGGUGUUUUUGUGUGCUCGGUCCUGGGUGGGUCACGACUUGUCCCCCCUGCCUCAACCGAUAGGUCCUCGGCAGAACCUCUGGCUUCGACCGCUGAUCUCUCACGCCUGUCGGGACGGUCUUGUCGUUUUCCAGGAUGGCUCAUCCACGAAAGCUGACGUCAUCAUACACUGCACCGGGUACAAAUACAGUUUCCCGUUUUUGGAUAAUAUUAAGGUUAAGGAUCAUAAUGAUGACAAGGAGGAGGUUGGUGGUGGUAGUGGUGGUCGUGCGGAGGGGGAGGAGGGGGGGGAGAGGGGACUGAUUUCCGUUGACGACAACCGCGUGACUCCGCUGUACCAGCACGUGUUUUGCGCCAAGGCCCCCUCUCUCGCGUUCGUCGGGAUCCCGUUCAAGGUCGUGCCUUUCCCGCUGUGCGAGGUGCAGUCCCUCUGGAUCGCGCAGGUGCUGUCGGGACGGUCAAAUCCGUUGCCGUCAACGAAAGAGAUGAUGGCCGUCGUCCGGAGCGUGGAGGAGGAGAGGGAGAGUAGGGGGGUACCCAAGCGUCACACCCAUCUCCUGGGUCUCAAGCAGUGGGAGUACCAUGAGUGGGUACUUAACCAAUGCAAGGACGGAAUACCGCUGGAGCCGUGGAGGAUAAAAAUGUACUUGGAAUGUGGACUGCAUAAGAAGUCCAAUCCUGAAAAUUUCAGGGAUAGCUGGGCUGAUCAGCAGCUGCACGAAGAGGGUAUGGCGGCAAUGAGGAGGGUGGAGGAGGAGAGAGAGAGUAGGAGAGAGAGAGUAGGAGGAGGAGGAGGAGGAGGGGGAAGAAACUCGAGUCGGGAUUAGGAGACGGAUCGGGAUCGGGAGCUUCGCAAAAAAAAAUAUUGUGACGGGGGAACGACGCCGGAGGGUUCUCUCUCUCUAAUUCGGCAGCACGACGGCCUGGCCCCUUUCGCCUGGUCACAGCCCGCCGGAUGCAUCUGACGCACAUUGCGGCCCAGAUUCUGAGAGGAGCGUAAAGAAAGAAAGAAGAGGCGACAUGGGGUGCUCGCACCAGACUUGGACGGGCCUGGAUAUAUUUUGUCGGGGAGCUACGACUAGAUGCAUUCAGUAAAAUUCGACUCCGUCU